CUAGUUAUUGUUUGCUCCUAUCUUAUCAGCUAGCGGUGCAAUGUAUUUAACCAUUUGUUGAGCUUGAACCUUGCAGUAAAAAACAUAUAUUCACAAUGAUUAGACUAUGCUGUUUGGUUCUACUUGCCCUAUCUGGCUGCUCCUGUUUCUUGUUUGAUGACCCGGACCCAGUGGAGACCCUGCCCUGGUGGAAGACCACUAUCAUCUACCAGGUGUACCCGAGGUCAUUUAAGGACUCGGACGGGGACGGGGUCGGGGAUAUUCAAGGCAUCAUCUCACAGCUGAACUACUUUAAGUAUCUUGGGGUGGAGACAUUGUGGAUCAGCCCCUUCUACAAGUCUCCCCAGAGGGACUUUGGUUACGACAUAUCGGAUGCUCGAGAUGUUGACCCAUUGUUUGGUAACAUUUCAGACUUCAGGAGGCUUGUAGAUGAGGCCAAAAAAUUGGGUCUCCGCAUCCUGAUGGACUUUGUUCCUAACCAUACAAGUGACCAACACGACUGGUUUCAGAAGAGUCUCCGGAAGGAGGGCAAGUAUACCGACUUCUAUGUCUGGGCCGAUGGGAAGUUACUGGACAACGGGACUCUCAUUCGUCCUAAUAACUGGUUGGGGAUAUUUGGAGGAACCGUUUGGACCUGGGUGCCAGAACGUCAGCAGUACUAUCUCCAUCAGUUUACUCCGUACCAGCCUGACCUGAAUUUUAGGAACCCUGACGUCAGAGAGGAAGUGAUGCUGACCAUGAGGUAUUGGCUUGACCAAGGCAUUGAUGGACUUCGAAUGGACGCUAUAGCCAACCUUUACGAAGACGAGCAGCUCCGUGAUAACCCAUUGUCUGGCCAGCCUGUGCCCUCGGACGACUGGAACUAUUUGAUUGCAAAAUAUACGAACUACCUGCAACCGGAAGUGCCCCAAGAAAUAGUUCGGUGGCAAAGUGUGUUUGAUAGCAUGACCAAAGUGGAUGGCAAAGAAAGAUUUAUGGUUCUCGAGUUCUACACAGACUCGGACACACGCUCCAAAAUGGCAGAGUUUGGUGCCCACCCAUUCAACAUGGACCUGGUGGACAGCUUGACCGUUCCACUUAACGCCAGUCAAAUCAUGGGCCUAGUGUCCCAGGAGUACACCAACAAACCUGCAUCAUACUGGCCCACAUUCGUGGUGGGUAACCAUGACAGGAAACGCAUUGCCAGCAAAUAUGGCCGCUACACGGUCAACGCCUUCAAUAUGCUUCUCAUGACUUUGAAGGGAACGCCCACGACCUACUACGGAGAGGAAAUUGGCAUGGAAGACAUAAGUCUGACAUAUCAAGAGUCCCAAGAUCCCUGGGCAAUCAAUGCCGGUCCGGAUCGUUACCUUCUGGUGUCCAGGGAUGUGAACCGCUCACCCAUGCAGUGGUCAGAUAGCCCCCAGGCCGGUUUCACCACUGGCAAUAAGACAUGGCUCCCCAUCCAGGCCAACUACACCAGUUUGAAUGUUGAGAUAGAGAAAGUCCAGGCUAGAUCUCACUUGAACCUGUACAAGGAAUACGCCAGUCUCAGACAGUUGAAGGCCUUCAAGUAUGGACACAUUAACGUCAAUAUGGUCACCAAUGACAACGUUCUGUCUUACCUGAGAUACUUCAGCACUGACCGCUAUCUGGUGGCCAUUAACUUUGGUCAGAGUGAGUCCACUGAUGACUACAGCCUUCACCUUGUUAACACCAACUCUGGAGUCGUCGUCUCUGACACCGGAAACGUUGACGCCGCCAUUGCUAAGGGUUCUACCGUCGAUCUUCAGAAGCUGACACUCAAGCCAGGAAAUGGAGUCGUUGUGAAGCUGAAUUAAUUUCAGAGCUAGAAAGAAACAACGUUUACUUUCACCCCAUUCUAUCCGUCUUUUAUAUGGACAUGUACUUGGAUUUUUACCCACUUUCAUGAUACACGUAUUAUUAAAACAGGCCUUUGACAGUCGCUGAAAUAA